AAUAAUAAUAAUAAUAAUAGGGUGACGCAGAACAAAAUACCGAAGUUUACAACAUAUAAUAUUGACAAAUGUGUACAAAAUAGUAUUUUGAGUCACAUUCCAUACCAGUAGGUGGCGGUAAUGCACAACGCGUAGGAAAACAUCUGAAAGUGGUUGCCAACCAUGUAAACGAUUUACUGUUGUUGCUUUUGUGGAUCCAAUCAAAUUUUGUUGAGCUGGCCUGGAGACAGAAAAAAUGGCUCCUCGGUUUGGUGUGGCCGCUGCUGACUCCUGCUGUAAUCUGUGUUGGUUAGAUGAGCUUGGGAUGUUUUUGUAUUGCCUCCACCAGGGUGCGCUGUGGCUUUUUAGAGUGAAUGUUUAAACGAAGAAGAGAAGGACUGUGUUGUACACCGUGCUGUUUAUUGGGAAACAGCUGGAGCUAAAUAACUCAGACUUUUGAGCAAACCUUUGCUUAACGUGGCUUUACACCGCAGAACUCACUGGGAUCCGCCAUUUUGUCGUGGUUCCAGCGGACAGCAGGGGCUCAGCUGGUGGUCCUGCUCUUGUUCCUGGUGGGGCUCCUCCCGCUGCUCGGCUCACCUCCACAGGUCGCCUCUCAGGAUGAAUCUGAUCGAAAACAAAACUCUGCGCUCGCAGCUUCACGACGAGGAGGCGGUGGUGGUAGAGAACGCCGUCAGGCUGGCGAUAGACUCGGUGCUGAACGUGUUGUACGGGGUAAACGGCGCCAGGACCCGGGAGUACCAGCGGAUGGUGGCCGACAGGGACAAAGAGAUCCAGCGGCUGGAGGGCAGGCUCACGGAGAUCGAGCGCGAGCUGCAGGUGCUGCGCAGACAUGGCUGCACGUGCGGGUUGUUCGAGGCCGGAAGCCGGAUCUCCGCUAACCGACAGACAGGGGAGCAGAUCCGGUCUGCAGCAGGAGGAGUGGGCCCUGAGGUGGCAGCAGGACCGCAGGACUGUGACCUGAGCCUUUCCUUGGGCGUUUACCCUCGACCCUCAUCUCAUUUCCCUUCCCAGUACCACGAGUCGCUCCUCCCAUCACCGCCCAGCUGCCUGGGCAUAACCUCCACCUGCACAUCCCGCUCCUCAGAGGCUUCAGGGGGCACAGAGGCCGCCAGGAACAUGCCUACAUCUCCCAGCAGCCUCCUGGUGAAGGAGGAGCCCUGUGAUGUGGAUGCCGUCUUGAUAGAAUGGGAGCUGAGCGAGGAGAGAGCUGCAGAAUCUCAGGAGCAACCAGGAAGUCCGUGUCCAGACCAGCAGAGUCCGGAUGGGAAGCAUGAUUCACCAGUUCCUGCAGAACAUGUGGAGAACAACGAGGGUCAGAAACUGAGGGAAAAAACUCCAGUAAAUCCUGCUGGUUUUCAAAUCUCUGCCACAGAUCAACUGAGGAACAAAAAGAAGAACGUUCCCAUGUCGCAGCUGACGGAGGAGGCCCAGAGGCUGAAGAGGGCGGCCUGGAGAGCAGCUUCCAAACGAUACUACGCCCGUAAAAUUGCCCGUCAGCAGGCGAGCCUCCACGGCGGCGGCCACGCAGCCAGCGCUCAGCGCGGCUGUUUGGUGGAGGAGCGGAGGAAACGGAUGAUCUCUGACCUGCCGGAGGAGUCCCAGAUGAUGCGCAGGGAGAUGUGGAGAGCCGCCUCCCGGAGGUACUACGACAGGAAAACGGCUCGCCACCCCACCGAGGGGCUGCAGUACGGACACCUGAUGGAGAACCUGGACCCUGCUGGAGCCACGCAGGGGCCCAACGGAGAGGGGCCCCUGGUUAUCACUGGAAUAAUGUGCAGCUGAUGAUCACAGUCGUGCUUCUACAAACGUUUUUAUUCAGAUUCCAGGGUUUACUGGACGUAGGGAGACCCGGCUCCAGUAAUCUGAUCACAUCUAAAGAGAAAGUUUAGUAAAAACACAAACUUUCCAAUUAAAUUGUUACAUUUUUGUAGGAAUAUCAUAAAAACUGAAAUAAAGAUGAAGAAAAUGCAUCUAGAAUACACCCAGACCUAAAAAUGGCUGCAGCAGACCGCUUUCACUGACUGACUGGUCCAACAAACUCAUCUGUGUAAACUUUGUUUAACUCGUACAUCUGACAUCCAUCGAUUAUGAAGGAAAAAACGACUCCAGGUUCUCCAAGAGAGGAAAAUGAAGAGAUUGGAAGAUUACCCACAUUUAACUCUGAUUUUUACUAAGCUUAAAGUCCAUCCAAGAACAUUGUAUUUGAUGAUGCGUUUCCUGCCUGAAUUCCUUUGUUUUUCAUAAACUCGAUGUUUUAGCUGCAGGUUUCUUCUCGUUAGAAAGGCAGUUUCCUCUCCACCGUCGCCAUGUCAUUGAUAACCCUGUCACAAUAAGCAAUUAAUCAGUUAAUCACAUGAUAAAUUUAAAUAAUCUAGGUGAUUACCUUUAUAAUUAUUAAUAUUUUCUGAAAGACAGUUUUAAGAGAAACACCAGAAUAUGUUUUAUUUGUGGUUUUGGUUAUAAGUUUGUUUUUUUGCUUUUUAUUUAUGGUUUUUGGUUGUUUUAUUGUCUUCCAGUUCCAGCUGGAGUGUUCUGUACAAAAUUAUAGUUUAUUAGUCUUUCCAUCUGUUACUGAUUGAGCAGAUUUGAUCUUUCUAUAUGAUUGUUUGUGUAAAACGGCUUUCUGGUGUUUUGAAUCAAUCCAAGUUGAAUAAUAACGUCCAAACACAUAAAUUAGCUUCUGUUACAAAACUUCUCAUUUUGAUUGAAGUUAUUUAUAUUAUUUUUGAGAGAGACAAGAGAUGGAUAAUUGCUUUAAAAUAACAUAAAGGUUAACUCAACUCCAACUAGCAGGUUUAUUUUUGUAGAUAUUUUUGGUGACAUUUGGUUUAUUGACAUGUUUUCUCCUGUAUUGGAGGGAAAAAACCCGGGAAUCUGAACUAAAACUAUAAUUUCUGUUUUUCUUUCCUGAAUCCAACAUUUCACUCAGAUCAUUGACAUCUGUCUUCAUCUCAACCUUCCCUGGUUCCGUUUUUACAUGUUGAACUCUGAGAUCUUCCUCAUCCAUCCUGAUGUUGUGUAUGUGCAGCGCCCCUGGAGUUCAAUAUGUGUUACUGCACCUACCAGCAGGAGUGAAAUGAUUUCCCUGUUUUAUGUUUUUAAAAAUGAUUCGCUGAGUUUCUACUAAAAUAAAUCUUUUCAUGUUUUGUACCUCUCUCUAUUUUCCACAUGUUAAAUAAUAAAUAUAUUUAAAUGCA